CUCGGAAGAGGAAAGUGUGAGAAUCUAUAGGGGUAACCAGCCGAAGCAACGGAACAGCUGAAACUUCUCACUUCUCAGUCCUACAAUGGCGGCUUUCAAGCACAUCACCGUCGGCGUCUGCAGUCCGUCUCCGAGACUCAUCGCCCCUUCCUCCGUCUCGCCUCCGCUGUCUCGCACGCCGCCGAGAAAGCUCUCCAGGGUCUCCACCAUCACCUGCUCCUCCAGCAAAUGGGCCGAGCGCCUCCUCGGCGACUUCCAGUUCUUCGCCCCCGCCGCCGCCGACCCUUCUUCCGAGCUACAACAACAAAAAUCCUUCUCUUCUUCCUCCACCACCGCCACUCUCCCUCCUCCACCUCUCCCUCGUCCCCCGCCUCUCGCUCCUCCCGAGCGCUACGUCUCAAUUCCUCUCGAUUUCUACAAGGUUUUGGGAGCUGAGACGCAUUUCCUUGGAGAUGGAAUCAGGAGAGCGUACGAAGCUAGGGUUUCGAAACCGCCUGCCCACGGCUUCAGUCAAGAAGCUUUGAUCAGCCGUAGACAGAUUCUUCAAGCAGCGUGCGAGACUCUUGCCAAUUUCAAUUCCAGGAGAGAAUACAAUCAUGGCCUUAUUGAUGAUGAGGAGGACACUGUCCUUACUCAGGUUCCCUGGGACAAUGUACCUGGGGCUCUCUGUGUGUUGCAGGAAGCAGGGGAGACCGAGCUGGUUCUGGAACUUGGUGAGACUUUGCUUAAAGAAAGAUUGGCCAAGGGGUUCAAGCAAGAUGUGGUGUUGGUACUGGCUCUUGCCUACGUUGAAAUGUCGAGGAAUGCUAUGGCGUUCGACCCACCUGACUUCAUUGGGGGGUGUGAUAUGCUAGAGAAGGCCUUGAAGCUCUUGCAGGAGGAAGGAGCAAGCAGCCUUGCCCCUGAUCUGCAGGCACAGAUAGAUGAGACUCUGGAGGAGAUCACCCCUCGUUAUGUUCUAGAACUUCUAGCAUUGCCCCUUGACGAUGAAUUUCGGACGAAAAGAGAAGAGGGUCUCCAAGGACUGCGUAACAUAUUGUGGGCUGUUGGAGGAGGUGGAGCAUCACCGCUUUCUGGUGGGUUCACUCGUGAAGAUUUCAUGAAAGAGGCCUUCUUGCACAUGACAUCUUCUGAGCAGGUUGAUCUAUUUGUAGCCACUCCACCAAACAUUCCACCUCAGAACUUCGAAGUGCAUGGAGUUGCCCUUGCACUAGUUGCCCAAGCUUUCAUGGGUAAAAAGCCUCAGCAUAUACCAUAUGCUGACAAUCUAUUUGAGCAACUCCAACAGACAAAGAAUGCAAACAGUCUGAAAAACAACCGCGAGAUUGAGUUUUCACUAGGAAGAGCUCUGUGUUCUCUGCUUUUGGGUGAGCUGGAUGAUUGUCAUGCAUGGUUAGGGCUAGAUCAGGUUGACUCACGUUAUAGAAACCCAGCAGUUGUGGAGUUUGUGCUGGAGAAUUCGAAUCCUGAUGAUGAAGACUAUCUUCGUGGGCUUUGUAAGCUGUUGGAGACCUGGUUAACAGAUGUGGUUUUUCCCAAGUUUAGAGAUACCAAAGAUGUAGAGUUCAGGCUUGGAGACUACUAUGAUGAUCCUACUGUCUUGACCUACUUAGAAAGCCGGGAGGGUGCUGGUCGAUCUCCCCUCGCUGCUGCUGCUGCUAUAGUAAGGAUAGGUGCUGAGGCAUUGCAGAAGGUUUUUCCUUUGGGCAGCCAAGACAGUGAUGAGUUCCAGGAAAAGAUUGAUAAUAAUAACAAUGGCACUGUAGUGGCAGAAUCUGUUGGUGAAAAGCUGAAGGAUGCUAGUGUGAAGGUCUUGUGCGCUGGAGUUGCAAUUGGACUGUUGACUUUAGUAGGAUUAAAGGGUAUGCCUCCAAGAGGUCGGUCUUUUGGCCAAGGAGAGAUUGACCAAGCAACGGCUUCUUCUGAUGUCACUGCUGAUUCAUUUAAUAUGGGAUGGUUGUUAGAAGGAGACAACGUCACUGAAGCAUUGUCAAGACAGCAUGCAAGCUUAGCAGAAGGCAUAGUCCGAAAAUGGCAGAAUGUCAAGGCUCAUGCUUUUGGAACUGAUCAUUGUCUGGGAAAAUUGACAGAGGUAUUGGAUGGUCGAAUGUUGAAGCUUUGGACAGACCGAGCCGCCGAAAUUGCAAAGCUUGGCUGGGUAUACGACUGCACGCUAUUGGACUUGACCAUCAACAGUGUAACCAUGUCCUCAGAUGAAAAACAUGCUGUGGUGGAAGCAACAAUAAAUGAAUCGAUCACCUUAACCGAUGCUGUUCACCCUACGAGCGGCCCAAACACUACGACCUACGCAACUAGAUACGAGAUCUCUCUUUCUGAUUCAGGAUGGAGAAUCACUGAAGGAGCAUUAUUGAUGUAAGGAAAAUCAAUGUGUUGAUCUAGUAGUGUAAGUAACUCUGCACCUUUGUCUAUAUAUAGUCUUCAAUAAUAUAGUCGAGCCAUCGUGAACUUUAUUCAAACGAAGAAAUGUCCUCUGCGGAUGUUUUGCAGCCUGCAUCCAGUUUAGUUAGAAUUAUGUUGUUUUCACGAGAGGUUUUCUCUCUUUGGUUGAUAAUGCCAGUUUCUCUUUUGUGAUUCAAAGUGAUUUAGUGCUGGUUCCUUGCCCAUUACCCUUUCUUUUACCACGUACCAAGAAAAAGCGUGAAUAAACAGUGGAAGU